UCACACUUGACAGUUGCUUGACAGUCAGCUGCUGUCUUAAUUUUGUUUCCAUUUGAUUGAGAAAUUAUUAUACUUUUAUUUUCAUUUUCUUAUCAUUAUUUUUUUAUUCACGAUUGUCAACUGAUAACUGAUACAUUAAUUGUUAGAUUUUAUAACUUAUAUAAUUUAUAGAAAAAUGUUCCGAAAUAUUAGGAAAAUCGUACAUCUGCAAAAAGCUAAAUUUUCUGCGGCAGCGCCGGCUCCUCAAACAAAUCCUGAGAUUUUAUAUACAGGACUGUUUAUCAACAAUGAAUGGGUGAAAUCAUCAGAUGGGAGGACCUUCCAAACAGAGAAUCCUGCAACUGGGCAGGUCAUAACUGAAGUGCAGCAAACUGGCAAGAGUGAUGUGGACAGAGCUGUCAAAGCUGCCAAAGAUGCCUUUAGGUUAGGAUCUCCGUGGAGAACGAUGGAUGCUUCUCAGCGAGGAGUACUCAUCAACCGCUUAGCAGACCUGAUUGAACGGGAUAGGAUAUACUUGGCGAGCUUGGAAACCCUCGACAAUGGAAAGCCAUACACAGCAGCGUACUACGGGGACUUGGGGGGGGUGAUAAAGAACCUUCGGUAUUAUGCGGGUUGGGCGGACAAGAAUCAAGGCAAAGUGGUCCCCACCGACGGCAAAUACUUCGCGUACACUCGCCACGAACCAGUAGGAAUAUGCGGUCAGAUCAUUCCAUGGAACUUCCCGUUGCUGAUGGCCGCGUGGAAAUUGGGUCCAGCGCUGGCAACUGGAAACACCGUCGUUAUGAAGCCAGCCGAACAGACACCGCUCACAGCUCUCUAUCUCGCUCAACUAGUCAAGGAAGCCGGAUUUCCACCAGGUGUGGUCAACAUGCUUCCAGGAUUUGGAGACGCUGGUGCUGCUAUUGUCGAACAUCCCGAUGUGGACAAAAUUGCCUUUACUGGUUCAACUGAAGUUGGCAAGCUGAUACAACGCGGCGUGGCCGAUAGUCUGAAGCGAGUAACUCUGGAGCUGGGCGGGAAGUCGCCCAACAUUAUCCUGGGGGAUGUCGACCUCGAGCAAGCAGUGGAGGCCGCCCACCACGCGCUCUUCUACAACAUGGGACAGUGCUGCACCGCCGGAUCGCGUACGUUCGUGGAGGACAAGAUUUAUGACAAGUUCGUGGAACUCGCGGCCGAGCGUGCCAAGAGGCGUGUAGUAGGCGACCCCUUCAGACCUGAUGUCGAGUCCGGGCCGCAGAUUGAUAGCGAACAACACAGCAAGAUCCUAAACCUGAUUGAAAGCGGUCGGACCCAGGGCGCUAAACUAGUCGCAGGCGGCAGCCGCGCGGGCGAUAAGGGUUAUUUCAUCCAGCCAACCGUAUUUAGUGAAGUCAAAGAUGACAUGGAAAUUGCCACCACUGAGAUAUUCGGCCCCGUGCAGCAGAUCAUCAGGUUCUCAAAUCUGGAGGAGGUGGUGGAACGUGCCAAUAACACAGUGUACGGACUCGCGGCUGCAGUGUUCACCAAGGAUUUGGAUAAAGCCAAUUAUCUUAUUCAGGCGAUCCGCGCGGGCACCGUUUGGGUGAACGAUUAUAACAUAUUUGGUAACCAAGUACCAUUCGGCGGCUUCAAGCAAUCGGGCAUCGGUCGCGAGAACAGCGAGUACGGACUGAGGAACUACACCGAAGUGAAAGCAGUAGUCGUCAAACUAACAGAGAAGAACUCUUAAAGUAUAUUGGUUACCAACUGGUUUGAUCAUAUAUUUCAAUCUCCUGAAUCUUCUCAAGAAAAAAAAUUAUAAUCAAUUACAUCGCAAUAUAUAUAUAUUCUAUCUGUGCAUGUGACUGGUUAAAAAGAAAAUGUGUUUAUGUGGUUUCCCGGAUAGUUAGUUAUAUUAGUAUACAGAAUUAGUAGACUUUUACAUUUAAAGUCCACUAAUUGAGUUUUAAAUAUGCCACUGUGUUAUAUAUAUUGAUUGCGUAUGCUCAAUUUUAUGCAAUAUAUUUUCUUAGUCUUUAUACUUACAUAUUGUUUUACUCAAUAGUGCUUUUCGUGUCAUAAUUCAUAAAGACUUGUCAACUAGGAGUUAUAAUUUGUAUUCACGAUGUAACACAAUUGUAGAAAAAUUUAGGGAAGACUGCUCAAUUAAAUACAGCUGUAAUGUGCUUUACUAUAGACAUAAGAAUAUUAUUUUUAUAGGCAACUUAGUUGUUGAUUUACGUAUAACGCAAUAUCUAUAGUAAUAGCAAAUGUAUUACAUUAGUCUGUUCAUACACAGCAGUAUUGUCUUGUUGUUUUUAUUGUUAUUCGAUGCACGAUGUUAUACUAGUUUAAUAUUGAAGAACAAUAUGCUACGAUUCCAACAAUAUAUCUACUAACUAGCUGCUAUAUUUUCUUAGUAAUAAUUUAUGUAGACUAUAGCCCAUUUUUUCGUGCUUUUACUAUUAUUUCAUUACUUAAACAAAGAGAUGCGUAAAUAGCUAUACUUAUAUAAAGAAAUUUGUAUAAUUAUUACAAAGAAAGUUAUGUAUCAAUGUAUACAUAACUUUCUUUGUAUUGCACUUACGCUGAUGAUAACAUAUCUUAUUUACAGUUAUGUUUAAAAAUAUGAAAUAUACUAAGUUGAAUAUUUCCUGAUAACUAAUAAAAGAACUGCAGAGAAUGAUCAACAGUAGCUACUUGUUACAAGUCAAAAACACUAUCAUAUUAGAACUCGAGACCAGUUGCUAUAAUGAACUCAAUUUCUAAAGUUUCUUUGAAUUGCUUUAAUAUUAAUCUUAUCUAUGAAUAUUGAUGUAACAUGUAAUUAGUAAAUAGAGACAAUAAUCUAUCUCUUUAACGAAAAUAAAAAUGAACUGGUUGCAGUUAUCUUCUUUGCACUAUUAUUUGUGCCAUUUGUUUUACAUUGUGUACUAGAAUAUUGAAAGUGCUAAUAUUUUCUUUGCUGUUAUAUAUAGAUAUAUAUUUUCUUAAUAAAACACAUU